AAAGAAGCAGAGGAAGGAAAGGGGGGGGAAAACCCAAACAGACAGAGACAGAGAAUGAGAGAGAUCGCGGGAGACGGGAGAGUGAAGGAUCGGAAGGAGGGGGGAUAUAAAAGCCAGAUUUUUAUUGGAAGCAAUUGACGUGGUUGCUAUGAGACCCGCUCCUGCACAGGACCAGCAGCCAGCCCGGCGCUGAUGGUUCUUACCUCCUACUAAACCUUUCUUUUGACACAGUUUUAGAGUUGCUUAAUAUCUGAGCGAGCACCUGACACGGGCGACUUUUUCUUUCUUUUUUCUCCUCCCGUCUCUCGGGUAAGAUGGAGGUAGAAAGCGAAGCCAGCUGCUCCCCCAGCCGCGCAUCAGGCGGGUCCAGAGAGUACAAGGUGGUAAUGCUGGGAGCUGGGGGAGUUGGUAAAAGCGCAAUGACAAUGCAGUUUAUUAGUCAUCAGUUUCCUGAUUAUCAUGACCCCACUAUUGAAGACGCUUAUAAGACCCAGGUUAGAAUUGACAAUGAGCCAGCUUAUUUGGACAUUUUGGACACUGCUGGUCAGGCAGAAUUCACAGCCAUGCGGGAGCAGUAUAUGCGAGGUGGAGAGGGAUUCAUCAUCUGUUACUCUGUCACUGACCGCCAGUCAUUCCAGGAAGCUGCCAAGUUUAAAGAGCUCAUUUUUCAAGUCCGCCACACCUAUGAAAUUCCCUUGGUGCUGGUGGGUAACAAAAUUGACCUAGAACAGUUCCGCCAGCCCCUGCUAUAAUACUAUAAAAGAAGAAUUGCACUGGAUGCUUGUUAAAAAUGGAAAGACUAUCCAAGACUAUUGCAAUAGAGGUCAAGACACUGCAUGCAAUAAUGGAGAGAGACUGAACUCAAUUCCCUGGAAACAAGAGGUGGGAGGAUUUUUAAACACUGUGGUGAGGUAAUGGGGAGAAAAACACAACCUGGAGGUUAGUGGAAGGAAUUUGUUCAGUGUGCGUAGGCCAUCUGUGUUUCCUAAUUGUCUACUUAUUGAAGUUAGGUUCCUACCCUUCCACUGAGAUGGGAGAUGUUGCUCCUAUCUUUUUUAGUGAUUACAUCUCAAAGGAUGGCUCCCAGGACCUAAAGGAAAACAUUCCUGAGUUGUAGAAGAUUUACAUCUCAAAGAGGUAGAGAAUGAAUUUACAAUUGCAAAUUUUCAAAUGUAAAUGUUCUAAUGCUUUAUUAUUCUUUAAUUUGUUCCUUGUAAUCCAAAAAGAUCUUAGUCAAACUUAUUUUUACAAUGCAUAUGGGUUGUGUUAAUAUAUUUUUGUCAGGGAGGGAGUUACAUGGAGAAGUCAAAUGAAUCAGUCAGUGAGUUUAAUGAAUCAUAAAUAAUCUCUUGUCCUGGGCAAAAUUUUUUUUCAGUGCUAUGAUUUACAGGGAGUCAAAUACAUUGCCUCUUUGUGUGUAUGUGCUGUCUUUGCCCAUUUUCUGGUGGAAGUGUUCAAAAUCUUUAAGAUGCUCUAAAAAUAAUUAAGGAAAAUACAUGAAAUAAGAAAUUGGCUAUUCAGAUUUAGACAUUUGGGAUGUUUACAAAGUGGAAACAGUAGCAUCUAGGACUCAAGGGAAAGGUAUACAGACAUCAAAUGGAAGAUAAUAAAGUCCAUAAUGGUGACUGGAGAGUCACUGACAUGGUGUGAUAAGGGAAGCCCUGGAACAGAAUGUAAAAAUGUGAGGUUAACUCUGUGUAUGUGUAUUGUCAUUUUUACUUCAAAAUAUACUUAC